AUGGGCAAGUUAAUACGACUGGAGUUGUUCAACUUCAAGUCCUACAAGGGCCACCAUGUUCUGCUCUUCGGCGAUUCCUACUUCACCUCCAUUAUUGGUCCCAAUGGUUCCGGAAAAUCCAAUUCCAUGGAUGCCAUCUCAUUCGUCCUCGGCAUAAAGUCUUCUCAUCUCCGUUCGACCCAUCUACGCGACCUGGUAUACCGUGGUCGUGUUCUCAAAACUUCGCGAAUCAACGCCGAUGGAACCGCUACCGAAGUUCCGGAAGGCGAGACCCAAGAACCAGAGGCCGAGUCUGGUGCACAAGAGGAGGAUCAAGACACACAAACAAGCACUCAACGCGCAGAUCCGACCAAUGCUUGGGUAAUGGCUGUCUACGAGGACGAUGCUGGAGACGAACAAGCUUGGAAGCGUUCCAUCACUUCUACUGGCCAAUCUGAAUACCGUAUCAACAACAGACCUGUUUCCGCAAAGCAAUACAACGAAGCUCUCGAGGCCGAGAACAUUCUGAUCAAGGCUCGCAACUUCCUUGUCUUCCAGGGUGAUGUUGAGGCUAUCGCUUCUCAAAGUUCCAAGGACUUGACGAGACUGAUUGAGCAAAUCAGCGGCAGUCUUGAACACAAGGCCGACUACGACCGCCUCAAGAUUGAAGCCGAGAAAGCUGCCGAAGACCAAGCUUUCAGGCUAAACCAGCGAAGAGGCAUCAAUUCUGAGAUCAAGCAAUACCAAGAGCAAAAACGCGAAGUCGACAACUACACCCGCAAAGCCGAUGAAAGAGACCAAGCCAUUGUUACUCACGUCCUGUGGAAGCUGUUCCAUUUCCAGCAGGUUGUCGAGUCAUCUGGUGCCGAAAUUCAAAAACACCAGGAAGAGUUGAAGGAGCACCGCAGAAACGUUGAAUCUUUUGAGGCCAGGCUUGCUGAAGCCCAGCAAGAGCAGGCUAGAGCAGGUCGCGAAGUCCACAAGCUUGAGCGCAACAUCAAGAACAAGGAGAAGGCUGUCGAGGAAAAGGAGAACGAUCUCUUGCCCAUCAACGAGAAAAUUACCCUCUCUAACAAGAAGCUUGAGGUCUCGCGCAAGCGUAUUGCCGAAAUCUCAAAGGAGCGUGACGCUCAAUCCCGCAACGCCGAUCAAUUGAAGAAAGAUCUUGAUGUUGUCCAGAAAGCCCAAAGCAGAUGGGAGCAGGAAUGGUCAGCUGCACAACAGCAGGCAGGACGUGAACUCAGCGAAGCCGAUCUGCAGGAGUACAAUCGCUUGAGAGGAGAUGUCAACAAGAGAACUGCCGCCGACCAGAUCAAGGUUGACAACAUUACUCGCCAGCUAAAGACCGAUGAGGAGACAGUCGAGAGCUUGAAGAGCAAGGUCGACUCAACCGAGAACCACAUUUCCAAGCUUGACAGUGAGGUCGCCUCAUUGCGUUCUCGACGUGAUGAGCUGAGCUCCACCAUCCGUUCCAUUAACAAUGAAGCGGACGGCAAGAAAAAAGAAUUCAACACUUUGACGUCAGAGAGACUCAAGUCGGCUCAAAAACAUACCGAGAUUGAGGAGAAGCUCAAUGAAGUGUUGCACAAGCUCAACGAUGCAUCGGUAUCUCAGCGCGAAUCCGAGAAGGAAAUAAGAGCUCGCGAAACUGUUGCCGCCAUGAAGAGAAUCUUCCCCGGUGUUCGGGGCCAACUCUGGUCUCUCUGCAAGCCGAAGCAGAAGAAGUACAACGUUGCUGUCAGCACUGUUCUUGGUCGCCACAAUGACUCGAUUGUAGUUGACACUGAGAAAGUAGCAAAGGAGUGCAUUCAGUACCUCCGUGACCAGCGUGCUGGCCAAGCUACCUUCAUCCCGCUCGACACCAUCAUGCAUAAGGCACCGAACGCCAAUUUGAAGGGCAUGCAUAGGGGCAUGCGCCUCGCAAUUGACACGAUUGACUAUGAAAAUGCCGUUGAGCGUGCCAUUUCCUUUGCAUGUGGUAACAGUAUCGUGUGUGAUGAUCUCCAGAUCGCCAGACAUCUCUGCUACGAGAAGCACGUCGAAGCCAAGGCAGUCACACUCGACGGCACGAUUAUUCAUAAGGGUGGUCUAAUGACGGGUGGAAAUGGCUCGAACGAUCAACGCAACGCCCGUAAAUGGGAGGAUUCGGAGGUCGAGAAUCUGCGACGCCUCAAGGACAAACUGCUCGCUGAUUUGGGUGCUCUACCAAAAGGUCAUCGUCGUCAAGCCGAGGAAGAGACUCUCCAGGGUGAACUUGCAGGCCUCGAGUCGCGCCGCGCAUUUGCUGAUGAAGAACUCAAAGCGCUUGAGUCCAAUAUCGAGAGCAAGCGUCGUGAGCUGAAGCAUGCAAGACAUCAGCUAGAGGAGACCAGACCCAAGUACGAGGAGCAGGCUCAUGGCGUCACCACCCUGCGCAGCCAGCUCGAGUCAUACUCAUCUUCGGUGGCAACUGUCGAGGAUGAGGUCUUUGCUGCAUUUUGUCAGCGCUUAGGCUACAGCGAUAUUCGAGCAUACGAAGCCCAGCAAGGUAGUGCCCAGCAAGAGGCUGCACAAAAGAAGCUCGAGUUCACAACGCAGCGCAGCAGACUGGAGAAUCAGCUUGCUUUCGAAACACAACGCCUCCAAACAACGAAGGACCGCAUCGCUAAGUUACAGGCCGACGUCAAGGAAGCACAAGCCAACAUCGCAAACCUCGAGUCGGAAAGAGACAGUCUCAACAACGAGCUCGACGAACUCAAUGCUGAGGUCGAGCAGAUGAACGAGCAGUUGAUCACACGCAGGACUAAGUAUGACGAGAAAUCAGACAAAGUCGCAGAACAUCGGCGUGAAGUUGCCAAGCGCUCGAAAAACAUUGAAAAUACGAACAAAGACAUCACUGCUCUACAGGAAGAAGUUCAACGGUCUAACUCGGAUCGCUACUCUUUGCUUCGCAAGUGCAGAAUCGAAGAGAUCAAUGUACCGCUUACCCCGCAGAGCAGAAAGCUCGAGUCUCUUCCUCUCGACGGCGGCAUGGCUGCAGACGAAGAUGCGAUGGAUGUGGAUGAGGAGGAAGGAUCUCAACGCGUACCUGAAGUCAACGACUAUGGUAUUGAUCUUGACUUCUCAGAGCUGGACGAUGACUUGAAAGAGGACAAUUCCGAGCAAUGUGAAACGAACUUGCAGGAAACGAUCUCGACGAUACAAGCCGACCUUGACAAAAUGGCACCAAACAUGAGAGCCAUCGAGCGUCUUGAGGGCGUCGAAGCACGUCUCAAAUCCACCGAUGAUGAGUUCGAAGCCAGUCGCAAGGCCGCCAAAGAGGCCAAGGAUCAAUUCGACGAAGUUAGAGAAACGAGAUCAGAACUCUUCACCAAGGCGUACGAUCACAUCUCUGGCCAGAUCGAUCAGGUGUACAAGGAACUCACUCGCACAGCGAGUUUCCCUCUUGGAGGUCAAGCUUACCUUGAUCUUGAGGACACCGAUGAGCCAUACCUCAGUGGUAUCAAGUACCACGCUAUGCCUCCGCUCAAGCGUUUCCGUGACAUGGAGCAUUUGUCGGGUGGUGAGAAGACUAUGGCUGCGUUGGCGCUUCUAUUUGCGAUCCACACAUAUGCACCAUCGCCCUUCUUUGUGCUCGAUGAAGUUGACGCUGCUCUCGAUAACGCCAAUACUGCCCGCCUGGCCAAUUAUGUCAAGGAGCACGCAGGCCCCGGCAUGCAGUUCGUUGUCAUUUCUCUCAAGACUGGACUUUUCCAGAAUAGCGAAACCCUUGUCGGUGUCAUGAGAGAUCAAACUGUGAACAGCAGCAGAACGCUCACCAUGGAUCUCCGCAAGUACCAAGCUGCAUAGAACAGCUGAUGCAGGCAAGAUGCAUGGAAGGAAGGAACGAAGCGGUGUGUCUCAAUCUAGCCGCGCAUUAUAUCAUUGUUGUUUUU